CUAUAUAUAUAUAUAUAUAUAUACAUGUACGUAUGUGUGUGUGUGUGGUGCAUAUAUAUUAUCUAACGACUGCGUAGAUACAAUACAUUAACUUCAGUAUUGGAAAAAGAUCUAUAGAGUGCAUGUGAAAUAUUUGGCCAAAAAAGAUAGUGAAUAAGAAAGGUAACCAAAAAAAAUAAAAUGACGCGAGGUGUUGAACUUAUUAAAAGUAUUGUCGAACGCAUAUAUCAAACAAAUGGCUUUGGAAAAUGUAUGAAGAACGUGAAAAUACUUUCUGCAGGGGAUGGCAAAUGCAAAGCAGAAUUUACAGUUUCUGAUGAACAUUUAAAUUUAGGAGGCUCUUUACAUGGAGGUUUUACAGCUACGCUUGUCGAUUGUGUUUCCACUUAUGCUUUAAUGACAUAUGGGACUAAUGCCCCAGGAGUUUCUGUAAACAUUAAUGUUUCAUAUAUGAAAGCUGCAUUUCCUGGUGAACUGGUCACAAUUGAUGCUAAAACUAUACGUGCUGGACGUACUCUAGCAUAUCUUGCAGUAGAUCUUACAAAAAAUAAUGGCAAAGAUAUUAUUGCUAAUGGCCAGCAUAUAAAGUUUAUCGCAUGAAGAAAUCUCAAGGAUUUUAUAGUUAUUAUGUAAUAUGUUACAUAAAGAUACGUAUAUACAUAGAUAUUUAAACAAAAACAUUUACUUA